UGCAUCCACAUGGGACUGACUGUCGCUGCGGGUGAGAGGUCAAUUGUUGACUUCCAUAUAUCCAGUAAUAUUAUGCUGCGGCAUCCCAGGACAAUGUGACCCUCCUCGGAUCACCUUCAUUAGCUAGUUGAAGCGCCUCGGAGUGCAAGUGAGCGCACGGGAGGGCCAAAAUACACCCAGGGCGAGCAGACACCGCUCUCCAGCCGCACCAUCUCCAACUCCGGCUGCAGUUUGACGGUAGCGCGGGGAGCCCCCCUUGUCCCCUGCGGGUGACUCCUCGACCAUGCGACAGUGGUGCCUUCCUGCUGUGGCUCCACGCGCCGAACCGCUCCCUACGGGCCGAUUAUCACCUCAAAUCUCAGAUGUCAGGAUGGAGUGUUGUGAUGGGGAGCCGCGCUACACCAUUGAACAGAUCGACCUGCUCCAGCGCUUAAGGCUGUCGGGGAUGACCAAACCUCAGAUCAUUCAAGCCCUUGAGUCUUUAGACAGGCUUGAUCCAGACCAUCGUUCCCCAUGCUGCAACAAUCACUCAACCCAACCCAGCGCCCCUACCUCCGCAGCCCCUGCUGCCCCGUCAUCCUCCUCCUCAUCCUCCUCCUCUCUUACCUCAGCCACCACGCAAACUCCUGUAAUUGAUGCUGCAUUAUCACCCAGUAACAGCUACGAUGCCUCACCUCCACCCCUGUACCCGCCCAGUGGAGUUCAGAGGUCGUUCAGUUACGAUUUGGCAGAAGAGGACUGGGAUCUGGAGGAGAAGGUGGAGGAAUACAUGAGGAGGGACAGCAACCUUGUGAAAGAAGAAAUAAAGGCUUUUCUUAAUAACAGAAGGAUCUCCCAAGCAAUUGUUGGCCAGGUCACAGGUAUCAGUCAGAGCUACAUUUCCCAGUGGCUCCUGCAGCAAGGACUGGAGAUGAGCGACUCUAAACGCAGGGCCUUUUAUCGCUGGUACCUGCUGGAGCGUAACAGCCCAGGAGUCAGAUGGAGUGAAAACCAGCAUGUUCAGGUGCCCAGGAGCAGAACUGACUCUCCCUGGAUCAGGCAGAGAGAACUGCUGAUGCACCUCCUCCCCUGGUACUCUGCUCACCAGUCUCAGCCAGGUGCCACAUUGUCCAUGCGCUCCCUGGUUAAAGAGGAGCCCGACUGGAGGUUGGCUGGAAGCCCUGCGGACCGGGCAGCGGUUGGACCUUUCAGACUGCGCAGAGGUAGUCGCUUCACCUGGAGAAAAGAGUGCCAGUCAAUCAUGGAGAGUUUCUUUAUCGAGAAUCAGUAUCCCGAUGAGGCCAAAAGAGAGGAAAUUGCCAACGCCUGUAAUGCUGUCAUUCAAAAGCCUGGAUGCAAACUGUCAGAGUUCGAACGAGUCACUGCGCUCAAAGUGUACAACUGGUUUGCUAAUCGGAGGAAGGAGAUGAAGAGACGUGCCAACAUAGAGGCUGCCAUACUAGAGAGUCAUGGGAUAGAGGUGCCGAGCCCCAGCUGCCACUCCAACAGCGAAGAGGUCGAGACUCAGGAGUUUGGAGAUCAAGUUACGAGUCAGCGCUUCUCUGAGCAGGAGGAUCUCUCUCAGAGAAAAGACAUUGAGCCAGAAGGUGUCAUGCUACCUCCCGUGGAUGUGGUGUCUCUUCCCAGCCCAGCCUGUCAACUCGUGGAGCGAAAGCUGGAUGAAUCGAAAAGAGAGGCUACCGAUGAUGAUUAACCAAUGAGCAGAGUCAUAGGCUGCGUCCGAAAUUUCUUACUUCCAUACUAUAUAGUACGAUAUAGUAAAAACAAUAUGCGAUCAGAGUAGAAUUUGAAAAACAGUAUGCGAGAAGUACCCGGAUGACCUACUACUUCUACCGAGAUUAUGAAGCACGCAUCCAAUGGGCGCUAUGCUAUCUCAUGAAGCACUAUGAGAGAAUUCAUGAAUAUGAGUUAAAUGACGCAACUGAUGCAGGUGGGUCACGUGAUAACGAGAAAUGGCGGAUGUAGCACAUCCGAGUUCCAUUCAUACUAAUCACAUUCAUACUGUAUAGAACGUACUUUUCUAAGGCUCGUAUAGUAAAUUCUAAUUCCAGUGUAGUACCUACUGAGUAGUAGGCGAUUUCGGACGCAGCCAUAUUUUUGGUCCAAAGCGGCUUGACAUGGUUUUUUUUUUUUUCACAGCCAAGCCUGACUCUCUGGUGCCUCUAGUGGUAGGGAGGCCACUGUAUCAAUGUAUCUACAAUAAUCAUGCUUGUAGUAACGGCAAUAUUUACUCUAUUCAGUAUAUCGUGCAUUCCAAGACAGUCUUAACGCUUUCCCGUAUAAGGGAGAGAUGCGUAAAGUGCAAACUAGUAACUUUUUUCCUUCAUGCGCAAGCUUUUUACUUUUAUUUCUCACAAUAUUGUCUGUGCAAGCAAGCAGUGUAGAGAAACCUGCAGGACAGGUGUUUAAUUUGACAGAAGGGGUGCAUUGAAUUCAGUUUGGAGGAGCUCAGUAGUCUCGUAAUUGUCAUAUGCAAUAGUUAAAAGACAAGAUGGGAUGGUACACCCCUGAAAGAUACACCAACUCAGGUAGAACUAAACUUGUCAAUUGAACGAGAAGAUCACCAUUGUGGAAAUCAAAGUAUUUCCCACAGUUAAUGGUUCAUUGGGAAGAUAUGUGUCCCAUUUCAUCAAGCAUACCAGACUGUGUACAUAUUGUUUUUCUUUUUUUUUUUACUUUCAAAUGCGAUCUGAAAUUAAUAUUCAGAUAAUCAUAGCUCUGUUUUUGUAUACACGACGAUUGUAAGCUCUUUGUAUCCAGCCACUUAAGCUAAUCUUACCCUGACUAGUGUGAGGGGUCUAAAAUGCUUCAAAUGUUUCCCCCUUAAGGUGUUAUUUGCUAUAAGCAUCAUUUACUUACCUCUUGAAUAAGGUAAUGCAGUAUGUAAAAUGACAAGUAUAUCAGCAUCUAAUGCAACAAGCUGCUUUUCAGUGGACUAUUGGGUAUCCACUGUUUGAUUUUAUGUGUCUUAAUGAAAGCCAAAGCAAGGCAAGUUGUAAAGCAGAGGAUUUUACAUGGACUAAACGUUUGCUUAAGGCACAUUACCGUGCCUCAGUGAGAAGCGCUUUGAGCGUGUAAAGGCUUUAAGCUGUGCAGUAUGAUUAUUCUGGCCAAUCAGCAAUGUACACAAGCAGUAUGCAAUGCUGUGCGCUGUCCAGGGCCCCUACUCUGUGCUUUUUCCUAAUGACACAAAAUAAAAUCAAUAAACAAA